GGGAAGGGGAGGAAUAAGGCAGAUACCGUCAUCAGAAGAAGAAGAAUUCUUGGACGACCACGACCACGGCCACCGUUUUAAUUCUGCUCGCUUUUUUUUUCUUCUCUCCACCUACGACGGGUGACAAUUAGUGGACAGAUCGGGGUAGACACCAUCAGUGGACACCUCAACACUACACAUAUAUAAAAAAAACCCUCCACAACCACUAGUAAUUAUUACUAUUCUUACCAUUUUCCCUUACUAACCUCUACACUACAUCCAGCACCAUUACCAGACGUGGGUCUUUGACGACUGGUGGUGGUGGUGGUGGUGCUGUCUUCUCUGCUGUCGGUGGUGGUGGCGGUGGUGGUCCUGGCAACCGUGCUGCUGCUGGUAGUGGUACUGGCGGUUCAGGUUCGAGCAGAGUUAUGGACAGCAGUGGAGAGAACAGCAUUUGUUACCAGUCUCUGGCCGACGAAUCGGAAAUUGCUCAAACAGGGAUACACAUGUUGCUAAAUAAUGGAUUUCGUGAAGCAAAGUUAUUGUUCGAUUCACACAAAAAUGAAAGCCCUCUCAUGCAUGCCGGCUCCACUUUUGUCUUAUUUAUGCAAGCCUUGAUGUCUUUUGAAGAAGAAAGGAUCGAAGAAGCGACUAAGGCUUUACAAGAAACAGAGAAAAAAUGCGACCCAGAAAGUGGUGUCUUCAAGACUUUACGAAGAAAAUUUUCCAAAAAAAAGCGACACCAGGAGGUUCAAAUUGGUAGCGAAGACCGAAUGCAGCGGCAAAUUAUCAUAGCAGACUCCCUGUUGUACCAAGCAGUGCUUACUUUCACUCACCAGGACAUUCCGAGCUAUAUCAAAGGUGGUUGGCUUUUACGCAAGGCAUGGAAGAUCUACGAGAGACUCCAUCGUGAUAUCACUGAAAUGUUGUCUAGGCAUUCUCAAACCAAACUCAGCCAAUCAACGGACUCCAUAUCAAGCAAUAACAGUGACGUUCGGUUAACGUCGGACUCCACAUGUACGGACGGGAACGAUAACGAACUCACACAGGACGUACUGGAGCGCCUGUUAGGCGCGGUAAACUUUGGCUACGGGACAUUCCAGUUGUGUGUUUCAAUGGUGCCACCAAAAAUUCUUAAGUUAAUUGAAUUCUUAGGUUUCGAAGGUGACCGCACUGCGGGACUAGCGGCUUUAAACGAAACAAGCAAUAGCAAAGAUAUGAAGGCUCCGUUGGCAAUACUUGGACUCCUAUGGUAUCACACAGUACUUCGUCCAUUUUUUGCUUUAGAUGGCAUCAAGAUAUCUGCUGGUAUUUGUGAUGCAGAACUGCUAAUAAAAAAUCGGGAGAAAGAAUUCCCACGUUCUUCUCUCUUCCUCUUCUUCAAAGGGAGAGUUCACACUCUAAAGCGUGAAAAUGAAUUAGCCCUAUCUCUAUAUCGUCAAGCGCUCACCGUUGCUGCAGGCCAACGUGAAAUCGAACUCAUGUGUCUGUACGAAAUCGGUUGGUGCAACUUGAUGAAACUAAGAUGGACAGAAUGUUUAUAUGCUUUCCAAAGACUUCGGGAUGAAUCCAAAUGGUCCAAAUGUUAUUACUCUUACCUUCUAGCUGUUUGUCAUGGGUCCCUGGGGGACGUUGAGGAUGCCCAGAACAUUUUCCAAGAUGUGCCAAGCCUUGUCCGUAGCAAGAACAAUCAGAUUGAAUCCUUUGCAUCACAUCGAGCUGAAAAAAUGAAGAGCAAUCAAGUCACGCAAGAAUUUUGCAAACUUUUCACUCUUGAAUUGGUCUUCCUUUGGCAUGCACUACCUACCUGUACGGACGAUGAGUUACGUCGAAUGCUUACAGUUUGUGAGAGUCAAACAGAUGCUCGGAUAUUCCACUUGAAGUGUCUUUUAGAAGGUACCAUCCAUAAGGAACUUGGUGAUACAGAACUUGCCAUUCAGUAUUUGGAGGAAGCACUGGCUAGGUGCAGUGGGAAGAAAGAUGAUGUGCAUGUUGCUGCGUUUUCCCUCUAUGAACUCGCUUCCAUUUAUAUUACAGAUGAGCCUGCCAAAUCUAUACAGUUGUUACAGUGUAUUAAGGAGAAGUACAAAGACUAUCAUUUUGAAAACCGUUUAACAGUGAGGGCCAACAACAUGUUGCGAAACCUGAAACCAGCCGGCUAGAAGUGGGGACUUGGUUGAUUGACGUAUGGCUAUUUUAGAAUUCUCUGGAGUGAAGUCUGGGCAAUCACAACAACAACAACAACAACUACUACCACUACAGUGAUGGUGGGGGCCAGGAGGAGGGGACAAUCACUUCUGUCCCCCCCAUCACCUCCUCACCCUGCUGUUGGAUUGCCGUACACACAUAUUCUGUUGCAAACUUACCCAGGGCUCUGUAAAGCAGCCAGUUUUCUUAUAUUUGUUGUUGUUUUACAUUUUUUUUUAUCAUACCACUGGCAGAAGUCACAUGUCCUUGUCCUAGCCAAUAGACACAAGCCACCUAAAGAAACCCCCCGCCCCACAAACACACCGUUUUCUUUGAUUUAUAAAAAAAUUUUCAUUAUUA